AUGUCAUGGGAUGAGCUACUCGAUUGCGGAGAUGAGCCUUUCGACAUCUUCUUCCCACCCGUUCGCGGUGUUCACUCUUCCCUCAUGCUAAAGGCUGUUGUUCUGCAUCCUUGCGACAAUCAGGAUAGUGUACUGCUUGAUUCCAUCGUUGAAUGUGAUAUUGCUUAA